GUUAGAACCGAAAAGUGUAGGCCAUGUCGACGUUCGACCCCAAGACGAUCCUCGAGCUCGACGGUUAUCUUGACCCAUUCCUCCCUGCCAUAACGUACCGUCACGAGCGUUUUCAAGAGCGGAAGAAUGCUAUCAUCGACCACGAGGGCGGCUACGACAAGUUUUCUCGUGGCUAUGAUCAAAUGGGCUUUACAGUGCGCGAAAACGGCGAAUUCGUGUACCGCGAAUGGGCGCCGGGCGCAAAGGAGGCGAAUCUCAUUGGUGAAUUCAAUAGCUGGAAUAGAAUAAGUCACCCGAUGACCAAAAACCAGUAUGGCGUUUGGGAGGUUGUUAUUCCUCCCAAAGCACCUGGAGUGUGCGCUAUUGAGCACAACUCCAAAGUAAAAAUCUCGCUCAUUUCGCCGACCAACGAACGCAUCGAGCGUCUUCCCGCUUGGGUUCAGCGAGUCACGCAGGACCUUGUUAUUUCCCCUGUCUACGAAGCGCGGUUCUGGAACCCCCCUGCCGAAGAGACCUAUACGUUCAAGAACCCACGACCUCCUAAGCCCGAAGCUAUCCGGAUUUAUGAAGCUCAUGUUGGUAUUUCUUCAUCCGAGCCUAGGAUAGGAACCUACAACGAAUUCACCGAAAACGUGCUCCCGAGGAUUAAGAAACUCGGGUAUAACACUAUUCAACUUAUGGCCAUUAUGGAACACCCUUACUAUGCUUCCUUCGGUUACCAAGUGACUAGCUUCUUCGCUGCAAGCUCUCGCUACGGUACUCCCGAGGAGCUCAAAAAGCUCGUUGAUACUGCACACGGCAUGGGCAUAACUGUCCUAUUGGAUGUUGUGCACUCGCACGCUAGCAAAAACGUGUUGGACGGUAUCAACGCAUUCGAUGGCACCGACCACCUCUACUUCCAUGAGGGCGGAAAAGGUCGCCACGAACUUUGGGACAGUCGUUUGUUCAACUAUGGUUCGCAUGAGGUGUUACGUUUCCUAUUGAGCAAUCUGCGAUUCUACAUGGAGACAUACCAAUUCGAUGGGUUCCGUUUCGAUGGUGUCACGAGUAUGAUGUACACCCACCAUGGCAUUGGCACUGGUUUCUCUGGAGGAUAUCAUGAAUAUUUUGGUGACAACGCCGACGUCGAGGCUAUUGUCUAUCUCAUGCUUGCGAACGACAUGAUCCACUCGCUAUAUCCCUCUGCUAUCACGAUCGCAGAAGAUGUCUCUGGCAUGCCUCUCCUCUGCAUUCCUUCGCAAAAGGGAGGCGUUGGCUUCGACUACCGACUUUCCAUGGCCAUACCUGACAUGUGGAUCAAGCUUCUGAAGCACAAGUCUGAUGACGAGUGGGAGAUGGGCAAUAUUGUACACACUCUGACCAAUCGUCGACACGGCGAGAAGAGUGUCGCUUAUGCAGAGAGUCAUGAUCAAGCUUUGGUUGGUGAUAAGACGUUGGCUUUCUGGUUGAUGGACAAGGAAAUGUACACACAUAUGUCAGACCUCACAGAAAUGACUCCUGUCAUCUCAAGGGGAUUAGCUUUGCAUAAAAUGAUCCGUCUCCUUGUGCACACCCUUGGAGGCGAGGGUUACUUGAACUUUGAAGGAAACGAGUUCGGUCAUCCCGAGUGGCUAGAUUUCCCUCGUGAAGGGAACAACAAUUCGUUCCAAUAUGCUAGACGUCAAUGGAACGUCUUGGAUGAUGAUAUCCUCCGCUAUAAGUACCUCAACGAGUUUGAUGCUGUCAUGAACAACACGGAAGAGAAAUAUAAAUGGCUUUCCUCCCCUCAGGCAUACGUCUCUCUCAAACACGAAGGCGAUAAGAUGAUUGUGUACGAGCGUGCCGGCCUCUUAUUUAUCUUCAACUUCCACCCUACGAAGUCGUUCACCGACUAUCGCGUGGGAGUCGACGUCGCUGGCGAGUAUAGUGUUAUCUUCACCAGUGACGAAAAACGGUUUGGAGGUUUCGACAACGUGUCUUUGAAAACCACAUAUAAGACGACAGCCAUGGAGUGGCACACCCGCAAAAACUGGCUUCAGGUCUAUUCCCCCAGCCGGACCUGCACUGUUCUUGGCUUGACGAAGGCUUAAGAGUUUGGUACUCCCCCAAAACUACAUUAACACGAUAACCUGGGAUUUGAAUUCGAAACCGCUGGAGAUAUAGCGGGCGUGGAGUUGUGACGCAAGUAGUUAGUACAUACACCAAAUAUAAUUUAUAGAAUACUUCUGCAUAUAAAGACACCAAAC